AGUCGUUUUUGGUUCUCCAGUAUGCUCUAUGCAAUUUUGGAUCAAACCAGCUAAAACACAAACAAGAAAAGCAAUGAUGAGAGCUCAAGAUUUUGGCCAAACUCAUCAUCGCACAAAUUCAAGCGCAUCUCAUUCAUCUUACUACUAGCUAGCAAGCAUCAUCUGCAAAACCAACAUGUUCAGCAUUGAAGACGAAACCAACACUCGCGGCUUCAGCGACCUCAGCCUGGGAGAUUCGGGGCGCGAUGACUGCCGCCGAAAGCGUCCAAGAACCACCGGGUCUCGCACUUCAGCUCCUUUGAGGCGUAUGGUCACUCCAGAGCAAAUUUCGUCGGCGCCUAUUGUUCGCACGUCGAGAAGGAAGCGCGCUGUCCGCUCUGUUUCCUUUUCAGAGUCGCUCAAAGCCUUCGCUCCAGCCACCAAUACGACGGAGGAGGUUGACGCCACUCAGCAUUGGUACAAUCGCAUGGAUUACGACCAAUUCAAGCGCAACGUCAAACAGGACGUGCUUCACCUGGCCCGCCUUUGCCGCCAAGACAGCCUCGGCAAGGUCGACUUUAGCCAACAAACUGUUGUUGGAAUCGAAAGAUACUGCCGCUCCACUCGCGAACAGUACUCGGCCAAGAAGGCUCGGGCUCAGCUCAUUCGAGCAGUUCUCGAUCAACAGGCUGUGCAAAGGGCUACUGGAAUGGAGGAUCAGGAAACCAUUCGCAUGAUGUCCGAACUUCACAGCCACUCCAGCAGCCAGCAAGCCUACCAAAGAGCACACGCUUUUCAUUAAGGCAUUCAUUAGGCUUUCCAGUAGGGACUUUCAAAAACCAAGAAAAACGCAUUCUUCAUAGACAAACCUCUUAGACUUCAAAUUACAAUAAAAUCAACGAAUCUUUUGCAAUCUCCC